GACGGCGCUCUGGGCGGCGAAACCCGUUGCUUCUCAGUGGCGCUUCCGGGGCGCGCCUGCGCAGUCGGUGCCUCCGUGACCUGCCCGCCGCCGGUACCCGGAGCUGUGUCCCGUGCGUGUGUCCCUCCGUCCCUUGCCAUGUACACCUGUGCAAAGUUCGUCUCCGCUCCUGCGCUAGUGAGGAGGAGCUCACGGGUACUGUGCCAGCCCCUCUCUGUCUCUGUGCUGAGAAGCCCCGAGGCCCGGACGGAACAGGCGCGGCCAGGUGUCCACCGGGCCAUCCAGACGAGCGCGGCCCACCGGGACAUCGACACCGCUGCCAAGUUCAUCGGUGCCGGCGCUGCCACCGUGGGAGUGGCCGGUUCUGGCGCCGGCAUCGGCACCGUCUUCGGCAGCCUCAUCAUCGGCUAUGCCAGGAACCCCUCGCUUAAACAGCAGCUCUUCUCCUAUGCCAUCUUGGGCUUUGCCCUCUCCGAGGCCAUGGGGCUCUUCUGCCUCAUGGUGGCCUUCCUCAUCCUCUUCGCCAUGUGACAGAGCUGGUGACAGUGACGGUGACAGCACCCCGCUGUGCCCGGUGCGAUGCCUGGCUGUGAAUGCCAGUUGGGGGGUGAGGGAGAACCCUGACCCCGGCCCCGCCAUGGGCGGGAGGGGAAUAAAGACGGUUUGAUAACAGGG